CUAAGAAAAUUGCCAGUCGACUUGAGGUUUCCAUUUAAGAGUUUUUGACAUUGUAAACAUCGAACUGUAACAUUAGUGUCUUCCAAUCUAAUAACAGAGAAGAAUUCACCAUCUAAUAUUGCAGGAAGUCGAACCGGGGUUGCCUCGGAUUCUCUUCAACCAUUCAAAAUGCACAGAAUACUACAGUACGUUUUUCUAUUGGUGGAUAAAAUGUAUACAAAUAUAAAAACGCGCCUUAUUUUUUAAAAACCACAAUUUAUUUUUCAAUAUAAGAGGUGCUUAUCUUAUAAAUUUAUUCGUUCCUUGGCCAUAUUCAGAUUGUAGAAUGGAAAAUGCUUAAAACUGUGUGGUGUGAUGUCCGAUUAUAAUAUAUAUUAAGAGAAUAUUUUUGGAAAACUACAAGGAGAAUAAUCUAUAAUGAAUCUUUUAGUAUAUACGAAGCCAUUAAUAGCCCCACAUUUGGGUGCUAUGAGACGAUGCUGCUGUCAGAGAGCUUGGUUCAGUGAAAAUCGAAUGCUUGGUACUUUUGAUUUGUUUCACACAGAAAAUAAGGAUAUACGAGUCAUUUCAACGCCAACGUCUCAAAUUUUCUUAGGAACAUUGACAAAUGUAAAAUACCAUCCAAUAAGAAAUUUUCACACUUCAAUAACAUGGAGAGGACAAGAACCAUCUUCGAAGGUGGAAGAAACUGUCAAAAAUAUCAAAGAGAAAAAAGAGGAAAUGGAAAAAGAGAAAUUAAUUUCCGCUGCCUCAUCCAAAGAUGUAGUUCAAUCAGCAGAAAAAAGUGUUGAUCAAACACCAAUUUUAAGGAAACUAUAUAUAAAGGGAAAGGCAGGAUUACUACACUACUAUCAUGGAUUUCGAUUAUUAUUUUUAGACAUGAAAGUAUCGGCAAAAUUAAUUUGGAGAGUAUUAAACGGAAAGGAAUUAAGUCGACGAGAACAUAGACUGCUCGUGAAAACAACUGGAGAUGUGUUUAGGUUGAUACCGUUCUCAGUUUUUAUUAUUGUACCAUUUUUGGAAAUUCUCUUACCAAUAGCUAUAAAAUUAUUCCCCGAUUUAUUGCCAUCUACUUUUCAAACUGCUUCCGAGAAAGAAGAUAAACUGAAGAAAGCAUUGAAAGUAAAAAUAGAAAUGGCCAAGUUUUUACAAAAAACUCUCGAUGAAAUGUCUGUACAAUCUUCAGAUCAUUAUUCCGAGAAAGCAAAAGAAUUUUCUGAUUUCUUUUAUAAGGUUCGAUCCACUGGAUCUGUUGCCUCAAAUGAAGAAAUCAUUAAAUUCAGCAAAGUAUUCGAAGAUGAAAUUACUUUAGAUUCACUUUCUCGACAGCAAUUAAUUGCCCUUUGUCGAGUGUUAGACGUACAAACACUUGGCACAACGAACUUUUUAAGAUUUCUCCUUAGAAUGCGAUUAAGAAGUCUCUCCGCCGAUGACAGAUUAAUUGAGAAAGAAGGAGUGGCAAGUUUAACGAGAGCUGAAUUGCAACAAGCUUGUCGUGCUCGUGGUAUGCGUGCCUAUGGAAUGCCAGAAAAUAAAUUACGAGAGCAAAUGUCACAAUGGCUUGAUUUGAGUUUAGUGAAAAAAGUGCCACCUUCAUUGUUGUUACUUUCGCGUGCUCUUAUGGUUCCUGAAGCAACGCCAAUGUCCGAUAAAUUGAAAGCAACUAUUUCUGCACUUCCCGAUGAUGUGGUGGCACGUACUAAAGGCGCAAUUGGCGAAAAAGAGGGUAAACUCGAUCAUCAAACUAAUAUAGAAAUCAUUAAAAUUGAAGAAAAACGAAUUGAAGAAGAAAGACAGGAGCAAAAGGAGAAAGAAGAAAAGGAAAGUGUACCACAACACACUGUUCUUGGAUCGAACAUUAAAACUGAUGAAAUCACAAAAACUGAUAUCAAUGUUAUUGAACAGGCACUCGAUUCAAUUGGAAAGCAAGAUAAAAAGAUGAUUGUGGAGAAAGAAGAGCUCAAGGAGCUUAAAGAAGAAAUGGCUGAAUAUCAAGAGGAUAUUCAGGAACUUUACAAAAUGAAGGCCGAGUCCAAGGGACAAGCGGAAAUUGAAGACAUCAAAGUGUCUAAAGGUGCUAAACGACUUUUCAAUAAAGUGAAUAAAAUGAUUAGCAAAAUGGAUGCUGUUCUCACAGAACUCGAAGAGAAUGAAAAGAAAGUGAAAGAAAAAGUUGAAACACUCGCGCCAGAGGAUAAAUCUCAUUCGAAAGCAGCUGAAGAAUUGGUGAAAAUUGACGAACUUAUUGCUGCCAUUAAACAAAUUCAAAAUGUACCCGAUGAACAUCGAUUGAAGAGAAUAGCUGAAAUUUUGGGUAAAAUUGAUGAUGACAGGGACGGUGCAAUUAAAAUCGAAGAUGUCUUAAAGGUUGUGGAAUUGAUCGGUCAAGAAGACAUCAAAUUAAGUAAGCAUCAAGUCAAUGAAUUGAUCGAUUUAAUGGAAAAGGAAGAAGUAUUGGAAGUUGAGGAUCAAAUUGAGAAAGCAUUAAAGAAAGAAGGUAAAGAAGCAACAUCGGAAGAAAGUAUUAAAAGCACUUCGAAAUCAACAGUUCCCGCUACGCCUGUCACAGUUGAAAAGAAAUUAGGUAAAGAAGAAUUAAAUGAUGAUGUUAAUUCAACAAACAAGGAAAAUGAGAAGAAAGUUCAAAAGAAGCCAAUUGGUCCAAAUGUUCCUCCUACAUCAAAAAAAGCUGAGGGUACGAAACAACUGUGAUUCUAAAUACAACAAUAAUAUUUAAAAAUUUUAUUUUAAAUUGACGAAAAAAUAUCGUCGACGAAGAAGAAAAAAAAAAAAAUUAAUUUAAUAUCCUUGAGACCCACGAUGAAAAUUUCUUUGCAAUGAAUUUAAGUGGUUGAUUGGUCAACAAUAUGAAAUAAUUUAGGACAAAUUUUUGCAUCUACAGAAAACUUCAUUUUACAAUGAGAUGUCGUUUUUUU